GAACACAGAGAACCAGAGACCCAGCAACAAUUCAAACUAAAAAGCGACAUUCAAGCCGUCCAAAGUGUUUUCUACGUACACACCCGACUUUUGGAGCGUGAAAAAAAGAAAUUCAUACUGGUUUGGAACAAAAUUAAGGAGGAGAAAACACAGCGGCUGGUCAGAUGUUAUUCUGAGGCUAUGCACCAGCAGAUGGACGCAGGGACACAGACAGACCCAGUGGUGGUCCUGUCUUUGGCCCAAGCUGCUGUGUUGGGACUCAUCUCCCAGAACGAGGUCUUUGGUGCCACUAUUGCUCCUAACGGCUUCUACACCGGAGAUCUGAAAGAGUCCCCAGCUCCACCAAGUGAGAGAAUGGACUAUGAGUAUGCUGACCAGCUUAUAGGUGCCAAUGGCGACUACCUUGGGGAGAAUUUGGGUGAGGAUGGGCACAUGCACUCCAGCUGUGCUGAGAGAAGGUGGCAGGGGCCACCAGAGAACAGCAAACCCCUUGUAGGGCAACAAGAAUCACACAUCAAAGGGGAGUCUGUGACCCCAGGUUUGCCUUCUUGCAAUCACAUGAUGAACAACAUGGUAUCCAGAGAAGGCGUGCAGAUGGUGGACCCCUCCAGCUAUAGGGUCCCCCCCAAACCCCAUCUCAACAACUGCUGCUCCACCUGCGUUCGAGACCCUAAGAUUACACACCCUCCUCCCAAUCCUCAUUUACACCCUCACCACCAUGCCCACACACACGCACCUCACGAGGUGCCUUCACACAACAGGGAUCACACACAUGAAAAAGGAAUAGAGGAAGUUGCAGAGGAUGGGGACAAUAGAAGAAACAACAUGGGGAAAGCUGGAAGUGGUGGUGAGGAAAUUAGCAGCUACUUUCAGGCCAGUGAGGUUGGCUAUGAGGGCGGGGAGAUGGAAGGUGUUGGGGACUUUGACGAGAAUAGCGAGGGGAUGUUCUGGGGAGAGCCUGUGGAAGGGGAGGCACCCCGCGGCCGCCGUAUUGACCGACUGGACAUCAACAUCCAGAUCAACGAGUCGUACUGCGUGGACGUUGGCGAGGGCCUCAAGCGCUGGAAGUGCCGCAUGUGUGAGAAGUCAUACACCUCCAAGUACAAUCUGGUCACGCACAUACUGGGCCAUAAUGGCAUCAAGCCACAUGCAUGUCCACACUGUGGCAAACUCUUCAAACAACCUAGUCACCUACAGACACACCUGCUGACGCACCAGGGCACGCGGCCACACAAGUGCACUGUGUGCAAGAAGGGUUUUACCCAAACUAGCCACUUGAAGCGCCACAUGUUGCAGCACACCGAUGUUAAGCCCUACAGCUGCCGUUUUUGUCGUCGUGGGUUUGCCUACCCCAGUGAACUCCGUGCUCAUGAAGUUAAGCAUGAACGAGGGAGAUGCCAUGUCUGCUCGCAGUGCGGCAUGGAAUUUCCCACCUAUGCCCACCUGAAGCGUCACCAGGUGAGCCACCAAGGACCUUCCACUUUCCAGUGCAGUCAGUGCAACAAGUCUUUUGCCUACCGGAGCCAGCUGCAAAACCACAUGCUAAAGCACCAAACGCAGCGCUCCUUCUCCUGCAGUCAGUGUGGCCUGCAAUUUCAUCAGCUGCAUCAGCUACGUCAACACUCCCUCACACACAAGACAAACAAGCCUCAGGCCCAUGCUUCAAAGGGAACGAAGGGAUUUAAAUGUGAUGUAUGUUCACGAGAAUUUACAUUGUCUGCAAACCUGAAGAGGCAUAUGCUAAUCCACGCCAGUGUCCGGCCCUUCCAGUGUCACGUGUGCUUCAAAUCUUUUGUCCAGAAACAGACCCUAAAAACUCACAUGAUCGUACACCUGCCUGUGAAACCCUUCAAGUGCAAGGUAUGUGGAAAGUCAUUUAACCGAAUGUACAACCUCCUGGGCCACAUGCAUCUCCAUGCUGGCAGUAAACCCUUCAAAUGUGCAUAUUGUUCCAGUAAAUUUAAUCUGAAGGGAAAUCUCAGCAGACACAUGAAAGUUAAACAUGGAAUGGAUGUCUCUCCAGAUGGACAAGAUGCUCCACCUGAUAUGGAGUCCCAUGAGGACUUUGAGGAUGAGAACUUCAAUUUCGCAGCACCAGAGAAUAUGGAAAAUAACGAUGCACCGAACCUAACUAAGCUCUCUGAGGUGGCCAUCCAGGAGCUUGACUAUUACAACUUUGGGAAGGAUGUGGGAAGCUAUAAUACAGCAUAAAUACUAUUUGAAUUAAAGACAAGCUGAAUAAAAGUAGCAAAUACCCUGGCACUUAUCAACCACGAUUUGAUAGAGGUUCCUCCAUGAGAACUACUGCUAUCUUUUUUGAAGUUGCCAAUGAGUAUGUAGUUGGAGGCCAUCAUGGCUUCUUGGGGUUGAUCUCAUGGAGUAGAUACUCUGAUUUGUUUUCUAGUUUGCAAAGAGUCUGCUGACUCAAAGUUCUAACAAACAUUAACUCUGUACUAUUAGUAUGUUGUGGAUUAUAUGGUUCCAUCAAUAACUGAAACAUUAGCAUCAUGAAACCAUACUGAAUUGCAGAUGUGUACUCGUGCAAUCUUGUGCAAAGUAAUCCACAAUACUCCAAAUAUAAUUUUGGUUGGUAAUAUCGGAUACGCAGGUGCAUGCAGCCUUGUGGCCUUCAACGGUACAGUACCUCAGCGCAGUCUAUGAACUUGUUACUUCAAGUUCCUCAAACUUUUAGGCCUAUUAUGUUCAUUUAUUUUGCCUUCACAUCCAAAUACUCCUAGAAACACACCAAAAGGAUGAAGAAAAAUUAAACGGCCCAUAUUUUUAUUUUUGCUUCGCACAAAAGUUAAAUGAUUGGAUUUCUGCAUGUGUUUAUGUAAAGAAAGAGUAAGUGUUUUUGGGCCAUAUGAUCCAAAGCUACUGCUCUCAGGACCAUUUGCUUCCCAUUCCUGAGUGCCACUACUGUUGCCAGAACUAAACACUUCAAACACAGAGAAUUACUUUUCCUUUGUAUUGACUUGCUAUUUAUUUGCACUUUGAAAAAGUUAAUUAUUUACAGUACUUAUGAGCCAUUUUCGUCACUGACUGUUUGAUUUCUGGUGUAAUUUUAUCUCCGAGGAGAUAACAAGCCUGUAUCACAUUCAUAGUAAGCGGUUUCUCAAGGCAACUUUGCUAACUCUGUAGAUUCUUAAAUAAACUUGGGUUUUGAAGUUUUAAUGUAUUUGACUAGACAUUUCGAUGGACAAAAUGU